GGAGGGAGGGAUUCAGGUGAGGAGGAGGAGGGAGGAAGAGCAGUGCCCCCCUGGCAGCUGUUUCUGAGCAAUGACCUCCAAGGCCAAGAAGCGAGUGGUGCUGCCCACCCGCCCCGACCCCCCCAGCACGGAGCAGAUUCUCGAAGAUGUGCAGCGCGCCCAGCCCAACGACCCCGUCUUCGUCCUCCUGGCCGAGCCCAGCGAAGACUUGCCCUCCCCAACCAAGAACGAAGACCCUGAGGCCAAACGCGAGCGCCUCUACCGGCUGACCCAGUCGUACGUGGAGAUGAACCACCGCCUCCAGAUAGCCUGCAGCCUGCUCAAGGAGAAGUGCGAGGAGCUCAAGCUGGCCGGAGCGACUCUAGAGCAGGGGAUCUUGGAGAUGAAGCAAAGGGCCUUGUGAGAUGACGCCCGCUCCGGGAGGUGGGCCAGCGACCAAGCGCCCUGAGCGGCCGGCCCGUAUCGCGCCCCCGCUGCCCGCGGCGGCUCCAGCAUGCAUAAGCUACGCCACUCAAACACUGUCUGUGUGCUCGGUCUUGUGAAUGUGUGCCAAAGCAGUUGCCCCGUUCCACACCGCCUUGCCGCGAAAUGCCCGACGGCGGCGCUGCCCGCCUCCCCAGAUUUCAUGACAUUCGCUCUCCCUUCCGGGACCUUGUUUCAUUUCGUCCGCACAGACUUAAGGCAAGCCGGGCGCCCUCCUUCCUAAGCUGGGACAGGUGGACUUUUGAGGGUAGGGGCUGGGCGAACAGGGAGGGUUAGCCCGCAUUUUUUUUGCCGUUUUUCUUCGUUCCCCCACAUUUUUGCGCCAUUUCGGCCAUGACCUCCCCCUCGCUCCGUUACGACUUCUCCCUCUGGUACUGCCUGGAUGACGACGCCGUUGCCACCGCCAUCUGCCAGCUCCUGGCAGAGCACGGCUUCCGGGGGUACGUCGAGCACCAGGACCACGUGGCGGGGCGGCCGGAGCUCUCGGCGGUGGGCGAGGUCAUUCAGGCGAGCCGCGUGGCCAUCCUCCUCCUGACGCCCCGCUCGGUGGCCAACCCCUGGUGCCGGCGGGUGGCCGAGUGGAACCUCGACCACGCGGUGCACCGGGAGGGGGCGAAGGUCAUCCCCGUCUACGUGGGCGUCUCGCGGGAGGAAAUGCCCCCGGCGCUGAGGCACCUGAACGGACUCCAGUACGGCGAGAGAUUCUUCAAACAGAGGCUGCUCUCCAGCCUGCGAAAAGCAGGGCCCCGCGGGCAGACCCCGCGCCCCUCCGGCGUGAGCGGCGCAAAGAAGGGGGCCGGCCUCUGACGGACUCGGGGAGAGAGCAGGGUUGGGAGGGGUGUGGCGGCUCGAUGGCUUCCGGAUUCAUUUUGGUGUUUUGACGUAGGCUCCAUCGUGACGUGGGUUAUGGUGACUGUGAGUGGAAUUCCCACUAGAUUUGUGCCUAGAGCUGAUUUGUCAGGAAAGUGAAACAGAAGUUGUCUGUGUCUGGGGGUCCGGGGGCGGGGGGGGGAGACAGAGAGGAAAGGGAGGGGGGAGUCAUUCAUUCAUUUGUCGGGAUGGGUGUUUCAGUAUCGAAAGGGGAAAAGCUAGGUCCCGAGGCUGCUGGUUCUCACCUCUGGUUUAACUUAAGGAGCUGUUAUUAAAAUGCAGUUUUCGGACAA